AUGCAGGACGGCCCCAAGCACGGCACCUCCCACUCGAUCCUGGCGCUGUGUUUUGAGCGGGGCCUCUCCGCCCCUUUUCCCCCGGUUUCUCCGUCGGAUGCGGGCGCUGCCGCUGGGGCACGGCUGACACUGGGAGCGCUGUGGGCACUGGUGGUGCUUGGGCUGCUGGGGGCUCGGGGGGUGCUGCUGGGACUAGAGGGGCGCUGGAGGUACCGGAGAUACCGGGAGCACUGGCGGUGCUGGGACUGGAGACACUGUGGGAACUUUGAGCACUGCGAGCUCUCGCCGUGCGGGGGGCUCUGGGCGCUGGAGACGUUCUCUGCCAUGUUGAGCGUGCGGGGAGCGCUGGGCGCCGAGCGCCGCCUGCUCCGCCGGCUCCGCUCCUACCUGCGGGACGAGAGCUCCCGCCUGCGCCGCCUCCGCAGGUUCUAUGAGAAGAUCCAGGCACUGCACCAGGACCCCGAGGCCUCGGUGGACAACCCCUUGUUGGCCUUCAGCCUCAUCAAGCGCCUGCACUCUGACUGGCCCAACGUCAUCUACAGCGACGAGGCCACCAGGAACACCCAGGCACUCCAUGCUGGCCUCAGGGAAGUGGAGCAGGAGCUGCCUGGAACUGAGGACCUGGACGGGGCAGCCAGGGCGCUGAUGCGGCUGCAGGAUGUCUACGCACUCAGUGUCAAGGGCUUGGCCAACGGCGUCUUCCAGAGAGCCGGGCACCCACCCCUCUACAGCCCCAGCCGGCAUGUCUCCCUCUCUGCUGACGACUGCUUCCAUGUAGGAAAGGUGGCCUAUGACGCAGGUGACUAUUACCACUCCAUUGCGUGGCUGGAGGAGGCUGUCAGCCUCUUCCGCCUCUCCUAUGGCAGCUGGAACCUGGAGGACCGGAGCAGUCUGGAGGAUGCUCUGGACCAUUUGGCCUUCUCCUACUUUAUGGCUGGAAACAUCUCUCAUGCCUUGAGCCUCUCCAGGGAGUUUCUCCGCUACGAUCCCAGUAACCAAAGGGUAUCGAGGAACGUGGCCAAGUACAAGAAGCUGCUGGAGAUGGGGACUGGGGCAAGUGCCAGCCCCCUGCAACGCCCCAACAGCACCCGCCUGCAGAGCCGUGAUGCCUACGAGGAGCUGUGCCAGCGCCCCAGGGGGCAGCCAGCCUCAGAGCCACUCCUGUACCUCAGCUGCUCCUACGAGACCAACAGCAGCCCCCACCUCCUCCUCCAGCCUGCCAAGAAGGAGAUGGUCCGGAUCCAACCCUAUGUGGCUCUGUACCAUGACUUCAUCACGGAUGCUGAGGCUGAGACUAUCAAGGGGUUGGCAGGGCCCUGGCUGCAGAGAUCUGUGGUUGCCUCUGGGGAGAAGCAGCAGAAGGCCGAGUACCGGAUAAGCAAGAGCGCCUGGCUGAAGGACACGGCCGACCCAGUGGUGAGGGCGUUGGACAGGCGCAUCGCCGCCGUCACCGGCCUGGACCUGCGGCCACCCUACGCAGAGUAUCUGCAAGUGGUCAACUAUGGCUUGGGAGGCCACUAUGAGCCACACUUCGACCAUGCCACGUCCACGAAGAGCCCCCUGUACAGAAUGAAGUCGGGCAACAGGAUCGCCACAAUCAUGAUCUACCUGAGUGCAGUGGAGGCAGGAGGCUCCACUGCUUUCAUCUACGCCAACUUCAGCGUGCCCGUGGAAAAGAAUGCGGCUCUUUUCUGGUGGAACCUGCGGAGGAAUGGGAAUGGUGACGGGGAUACCCUCCAUGCCGGCUGCCCCGUCCUAGCUGGGGACAAGUGGGUGGCGAAUAAGUGGAUCCAUGAACACGGGCAGGAGUUUCGGCGCCCGUGCAGUGCUGACCCACAGGACUGAGCCACCGUGGGAUGUGACAUCCUUUGGUCCAAGAGCCCACAGGAGGACCAGCGUCCGGGAGCCGGCGGGAC